AUGUCAAGAGACAAAGACUCAGCUGGAGAUCCUUUAUCAUAUAAUAAAGAUAUUUCACAAUCUAGCAAAAAUAAAGUACAGAAAUUCAUAGCAGAAGUUUCUAACAACUCUAGCUUAUUUAUUAGUAAUAGUAAUGCAGACAAUAAUGUAAUACCUACAACUCUGAAUGAAACAAAAUCUCAACCCAGCAAUAAUAGCUUCAUAUUUUUAUACAAAAAACUUUGUAAUACUAUAAUUCUCACUGACUGUAAAAUCCAAAAAGCAAUCUUAUGUUAUUGUACUUUUGGUAAAGCUCUCAUUCAAAGAUGUAAUGAAUUAGCAUCAGAAAAACAAGUUGAUCCAGAAUCUAAUACAGUUAGUAGAAUUUUAAAUAAGGAAGUUUGUGCUCAGCUUUCUGCAAAUAUUUCUGAUGCACUUUUAUGA